AUGAAAGUUUAUAAUACUCGGGAGACCUUCCGGUACGAACCCAAAGAAAAGGAAACAGUAUUGUAAGUUAAUAAGUAAUUUUUCCCGGUUCGAAAAAUAUUUUGGGUUAGGGAUCCACUGGCUCUCGAGUCGCGAGACGUGCAGAACUUUGAAUCGGCCGGGAAGGUUGCCAAGUACCAGUGCAACUGCAAGUAUCCUUGGCUCCGCGAGCUCCACGGGCUCACGGCCUUCAUGAUGGUUUCCUUGAUUUGAUUAUAGUCUGCUCAGAUUCUGAAUAUCAAGUGGUCGCUAAAGCACCGCCCAUAAUGGUGCUAUAAGCCAAUCAGAGAGCGAGCCAUCCACAGAGUUUUUGAAUGACGUCAUUGUACUUUUCAUUCAAAAUCUGAACAGACCUAAACACGAAAAAUACAGGAUGAAAGCCAAUACUAAUAAAUUAGAUCUUUUUAAAAAAAUAAGAUAAAAAAAGACCAUUUACAUUUUUGUUUGAGCAUUUUCGGAAUUUGAGAAUUUUUUUCGGAUUACCGUUGGUGUACUGGAUUAGGUCAAGAACUAUUCUGCCUAUACUAAUUUUUAGGAGAGCUUAAAAAGAAAAAUCUUUAAAAGUUUACGAUCAGCAAAUUUUUGCCAUAUUCUCAUCAAGAACUGAGGAGUUGGACAGCUUGAAAUCUGGUACUGAUAGAAAAUUCUUCACCUAUCUUUUUAUGACAAAAAAAACUUAUCACCGAAAAGCUGAAUAAGAGAGAGAUGUGCUCUCAAAAAUGAAAGAAACCUCAUUUCUUUGAAUCUUGCGAGGCGAAUUUACGUUGACUCAAACUUUUUACAACUUUUAAAGUUCAACACUCUAUUCUUCAUCAAAUAGAAGAAAUUCAGUCCAAUUCACUGAAGGAGAAACUUUUCUGGUUGGCCGUCAUCUUGGCCUGCACGGGUGUUUCGAUCUACAACACGAAACUGAUUCUCGAGGACUACGUCAAGGCUCAGACCGCGACUAGAAUCACAAUUUUGCCGGUCAUUUUUCGUUCUUUUUUUUUAAAUAUAUUCUUUCUUUUGCGCUUCAGAGGAUAAUCUCUCAAGUUGAUAAUGGUUAACCGGUCGUGCUUACCCAGAGUCUCAGGGUGUACCCGGUUUAAACCAGAACUUUUGGCUUUUUUUUGCCAAUUUCGCUCAUUUUCCAAAAUAAACGAUUCUUUUCAGACAGACCGCCUCAAGUUUCCAACCCUCGUGUUUUGUCCGAAAAAUGCUGAUGCUCUGCACUUUUACCCCAUUCUGGAAGGUUUGAAGCUGAUUGAGUUAUAUAUUUUAGCUAUUUCAUUUCUCAGAUAUGUAUCAGCGGCUGGGAUACAUGGAAAACAACACAAAUAUGGACAUUAUUCAGUACGCGAUCGCCGGUUUCAUGUUCAGUAACGUCGACCUCGACAAGUACAACUCAACCUAUUUGUUCGUUUUCUUUUCUUUUCUUCUUGAAUUGUAUAUUCAAUGUUUCCCGACUUGAAAGGCGAGGGAGGCGUGGCUAGGGGCGGGACACGUAGCGUGUGCGUACGCGGUUCUUGGCACGUGUUCAAUUCAACCGCUAGCGAGCAUUCAGAGAGCUUAUUUAUCGCUUUUUUCACUUCUUUUUUAAUUUUUUAUUGAUUAUGUUCAUGUGUGCAUCAAAAACUAGAAGAAAAUACAAAAAAGAGCGGUUGCCGAGCUUUUUAAAUAGUCGGCGGCGAUUGAAUUAAACUGGCGCCAAAAACCGCGUACGCACACGCUACGCGUCUCGCCCCUUGCCCCGCCUCCCUCGCCUUUCAAGUCGGGAAACAUUGACUAUACACUCAACGACACAAAAAUGACAUUUCCCCCAAAGUUCAAACAAAAAUUUUGCGUUCCAAUUCUUCAAAAUUCAAAAUUUUCGCUGAUUCAAGGCUGGCUUGAGUCAUCGAAAAAGGUCCUAACACGGUAAUAAUUAUAUAGUGUCUUUUUAUUCAGCCUUACAUUGUUAGCUUUUCGUUAUUAAAGGCGCAUAUACAGAGAUUGGUCGCGUACAUCGAAAGAUGAUCUCCCGGAAAGAAAAAUUGUGAAAACCUAGCGCGGAAUGGGCUAAUAUUGCAUUGAAAAUUUCAGAAAAGUUGUGAUUUUUUGAUAGAUGAAAUCUUCAGAAAUACUCUAAACGACUAUUAUUUGAAAUGGCGAGGGGAGAGGUCUCAACUGGAAAUGUUCGACUUUGUAUACAACCAGAACGGCUACAACUGCAGCGAUGUCAGUUUUUUUGAAAGCUUGGAAUUAUUAAUUUGUUUGCUGGAAGUCCAUUGCCGCAUGUGGAAUGGUUCGAUGUGUUACGAAUUUUUUUCGAAAAAAAUUUUUUUGUAGUUUUCAUGUUCCGAAGUAGUUUUUUCCGAUUAGUAAAAUGAAAAAUAUAGCAUUUUCAAAGAUUUUUCUUCACAUUUUUUGAAGGCUUUCUCCUUGAUCACUCUAUGUUCCUAAAUAGAUACUUUUUUUGAGUUAAUUUUCCCCGGCAAGUCGUCGCUCAAGCUCCGCCCCUAAUGGUGCGAUAAACCAAUCAGAGAGCGAGCCAUCCACAGAGCUAUUUCGAAUGACGUCAUUCUACUUGAAAUUUGAAAUCUGAACAGACUGUAUUCGUCGAAAAAAUGCGAGAAUGAAGCUUUAAAUUGAAGCUUCAGCUUUUCCAAACGUGCUACGGUGGCUCGACGACCUACAACUGCUGCGAUUUAUUCGAGCCCAGUUACGCGAUGCUUCGAGGAAGGCAACUCUCAGCCUUGGAAGAUAGAUUCUCUCGAUUGUUUCAGGUGUUACCGACUCAUCGAUUCUUUCUAUCAGAACGACACGGAUGAAGUCUCCAAAGUGAUCAUCUACUUCAACUACAUCGACAGUCCUCUUCUCGCCGAUGGAGUCAAGGUUGCCCAAGAAUAAUUGAUUUUAAAAACAAUAUAUUGAAGUCGCAAAUCAUCAUGUACAACACCGAUUCGCACCCCGAAAUCGGGAUUUUUCCUCGUUAUUAUUUCAACCUACACGAUUGGAAUCGUCUCAGGUUCACACAGAAGGUUUUUUUUAUAUAUUUAGAUGAAAAAGAAAAAAAAUUUUUUUUUUCACUUUUUAUUUCCUUUGGCUUAGUUAGCCGUCAAGGUAUUUUUCAAGUAAAGGCUAGCCUAUUUAAAAAAUUCAGCCCAAAAAGUUUUUUUUUACUUUUUUUAGCCCAAAAAGGGUUUUUUUCGUUUAUUUCAGACCAUGCCGCUUCAAAAUUUUUCAAAAAAACAACUCUUUAUCAAGUAAAAUAACGGGAAGCUCAAUUUUAAUUUACUAUGAAUUAAAAAAACAUAUUCAGGUGAUGAAAUUAGUCCCGGUCAACGACCGCUGCUCACACGAACAAGUUUAUCAAGGUUACAAAAAAUGCUUCAAACAAAAAAUUGCUCAAAUUCAAGGAAAAUUCACGUGCUUCGUUUACAAAUGGCUGAUGCAGCUCAAAGAGCAGUUCAAUUGCACCGUUCCAUAUUAUAAAAAUCAAGUGAGCGUUUUUUUACGAGGCCUAACAAGGUAGGUCUUUUCAAUUUGGAGUUUGGUUUGAUAGGAUUUUUUAAAAUAAAAAGAAAUUUAAAUUUUUUAGAUUUAUUGAGCAUAUUUUUUUAGAACUCUAAUGCACCAAUUUUACGCUUUUCAGAUCUAUAUCAGUCUGUCUGUAUUUGUUUUUUUUUUUCAAUCUAAAGUUUUCUCUAAACCUAAACGGAUCAGUAUUUACAUUUUCCUCUAGCCAUUAGUAUAAAAAGAACUUUUUUUUUUAAAUUUGGAGAAAAAAAGCCUGCCGUCCUUAUUCAUAAAUCUGCAACUCUGAACUAUCUGGUCUGUAUUUUUCUUUUUCAUUCUGAAGCUGAGUUAUCUCUCGGAUGUCCCAGUUUGCGAGCCGGAAGUCGUGGUGGCCAACUACGACAACAUCACGGACACGCCUGCCAUCCAGGGAUAUAAAGUGAGGAUUUCGGUUCGAAGUUUAUUUUCUAUGGUUUUCGAAGAGAAAAAUUUCAACAUUAGAAUGAACUCCCUUAUUGGGAGUUUAUUCAUUUUAACAUUUUUCAAGUGCAAGCCGGCGUGCAAAAGAGUUGAGAACGAAAUGCAACUGACGACGAGUAUCGACACAAGUCCCGAUCAGACUUAUGGGUUCCGCAUAGAAGCAAGCUUCACCUAUUUGGAGGUUUAUCUUCAACGAAAUUUUUGAAAAGAUAGUUCUUUUCGAUGGGCAGGAAGUCUAGUCGGCCUUUAAAAAUAGUCUGCUCGUGCGAACUACCCAUACCGCUCUUUGAGUCCGAAAAAUUGACUAUUUUUCAGUUUGAGCAGUACGAAGAAGUGCAGAAGACGACGUUGGCCGGCUUCAUCUCGGAACUGGGAGGUCAGAGCGGCCUUUUCGUCGGCUGCUCCAUAAUGACCUUCGUCCAGCUGAUCAGCUCCAUCUGCCUGGCCCUCUGGAGGCUCUGCAGACGUUACUACGACGACCGUUACUACACGGUCCGACUGGGUCUCUACACGACGCAUCCGACUGAAGACGUCCAUAAAUUCUACCCUAGACCUGAUGAAGUUCCUCCGACAGAGCGAGACGACGUCCAAGAGGAUGUCCACAAGCCUCUUUCCGUGAUAGACGAGGUCGAGGAAACCGCCACCGAGUCAAGAGCUGGACCAUCUGAAUCAGAGAAGCCAAGUACCGGAAACAACAGCGCCAACCCUACGAUGACCUCGUCUAGCAUUGAAUACAUCGGUUUUCCUGAAGUCACGUCCAAUGAAAGUCGUCCGAGUUCCACCCAACCUUCUGAAACUUCGACGGUGGAGUACACCUUUCCCUAUGACGAAGUUAGGCCGCGUUCCCUUCGACGUCGUGUUGCUCCAAGCGAAAUCGAGUAA